AUGCCCCUGGAAGACUUCGAAUCACGUUCAUUUGGCAGAAAAUCAUUAGACAUGAUGGACACGUCAGAUCUGGAACCAGAUGUCAAUGACGGUCAUUUUGAAAAUAUACCACGUCUAAAACGAUUUCUCAGAAAAAAGCUGAUAAAGACACCUGACGAUACUGAUAUUCUGUCCCCGCAUCUUAAAACAAGCACAGAAGUUACCCGAGAGGCUCAAAGAGUACAUUUCAAUCUCUUCAAAGAUUUGCUACGUUGUUUCCGGUACCCCAUGUUGUUUGAUGUUGCUGUGUUCGAAAAUAAAGGAGAUCCAGCCAUUUCUUCGGGUGAAAUUUAUCUGUUACGAAGACUGGGUAUUGAUCUCAUUUACUACUGCAGUUUUAACUAUUGUCGCGAUAAAAACCGUCACUAUGCUAAGGACAUGAGUGCAAUCUAUUCCAAUAAAGAACUCGUUAUUCUCGUUCAUGGCGGCGGAAACAUCGUUGGAUAUGCACUGAACGAUGCACAUUUCGAGCAUUGCAAACAGUUUUAUUGUUGUAACAAGAAUUUAACAUUAGUUUUAAGGGACCGACAAUCACUUUCCAUGGCUCAAACGUAUUUCAACAAUGGAACAAAUCUAAUUAUGGCACCGGAUAUGGCAUUUCAGAUUGGACGAGUCAAACGAUAUAUGAGUCCCAUGGAUGAUAUAUUAUGGCUUAGACGAAAUAACAUAGAAACAUCAACCUAUAAAAUACCCAGGAUACCUGAAGGGGUAUCUGUUAAAGUUAAAGACUGGUGGGGUUUUCCAACGCCUAAGGGGAUAACCCUUUGGAAAAUGCCUUUCUAA